AUUGCCCAUCCAAUAACCAUACAAUUCGCUACACAUUUUGGUUGAGUUUAUAAGACUUCUGAGAAGUUCAAUAACUCUUAUAGCAAGCAGUAGUUCACAGUCUUUGCAAAAAGGAAAAUGGCAGAAACUUCAUAUGAAACCCAACACCCAGUGAAGGCCUUUGGAUGGGCAGCUAGGGAGACCUCUGGAGUUCUUUCUCCGUUUAAGUUUUCCAGAAGGGAAACGGGCGAAAAGGAUGUACAAUUCAAGGUAUUGUAUUGUGGGGUAUGCCACUCCGAUCUUCACCAGCUCAAGAAUGAAUGGGGUAACACUACCUAUCCCAUUGUACCCGGCCACGAAAUUGCUGGUGUGGUGACUGAGGUUGGGUGCAAGGUCGAGAAAUUUAAGGUUGGAGACAAAGUAGGUGUGGGAUGUCUGGUGGGAUCCUGUCGCAGUUGCGAUAAUUGUGCCGAUGAUCUAGAAAACUACUGCCCUGGGAAUAUACAAACCUACAACGCUAAUGGUGUCAUCACUUAUGGCGGUUACUCCGACAUCAUGGUCGCCGACGAGCACUAUGUUCUCAGAUGGCCGGAAAAUCUACCCAUGGAGGCUGCUCCAUUGCUCUGUGCCGGAAUCACAACUUAUAGCCCCUUGAGAUACUUUGGACUUGACAAGCCCGGAAUGAACAUCGGAGUUGUCGGUCUAGGCGGCCUUGGCCACAUGGCUGUGAAGUUCGCAAAGGCUUUUGGAGCUAAGGUGACAGUGAUUAGCACCUCUGUUAGUAAAAAGGAAGAGGCAAUUGAACGUCUUGGUGCUGAUUCGUUCUUGAUCAGCCGUGACCCAGAACAAAUGCAGGCUGCAAUGAACUCAUUGGACGGUAUAAUAGACACAGUUUCUGCAGUUCACCCUGUUUUGCCAUUACUGUGUUUAUUGAAAACUAAUGGAAAGCUGGUAAUGGUUGGUGCCCCAGAAAAGCCUCUUGAUUUGCCGGUGUUUCCUUUGCUCAUGGGUAGGAAGCUAGUGGCCGGAAGUUGCAUUGGUGGAAUUAAGGAGACGCAAGAAAUGUUAGACUUCUCGGCAAAGCACAACAUAACACCAGAUGUUGAGAUUGUUCCGGUGGAUUACGUCAAUACUGCCCUGGAACGUCUCGUGAAGGCCGAUGUGAAGUAUAGAUUUGUGUUGGAUAUCGGCAACACAUUAAAAUCUGCUUAAAUAUCAAGUUAAGACACAAUAUUUUUUUUAUGAGGUCAUUCCAAAAAGAAUAUUAUGACUUGUGAGCGUUAAAGUGAGUUACAGACAUGCAGUAUGUGUUUGGUAAUAAACUAAUAAUGUCAUAUGAUGUUGUGAUCAUAUGGUAUAUGUCGUAUGAACUACUUGACAAUUUUGUUGGUUUGAUGUGCAAUAAUAUAAAUUUUAUUUAA